AUGAGAAACAUUGUCUUGUGCUGUCCAUUCCUGGUGUAUAAGGCGGUGACAGGAGGACCGUUUGGGGCAUACGAAUUAUUUACUUCUGACAACACUCGUAACAUAAACAAUCUGGCUGCCCAACAACUGACCAAUCAGGUCCUAGACCACUAUAAAUCCGAGGUGUUAAAUAACUGGCAAAGUAAUGAUAUAUCUAAGAUAAGAGUGUCCUACUUCGCUGGGGGCACCGAGGCACAGUACUUUGUUUUUAACGCAACAGGGGCAACAAAGACGGACUGGUUUAGUCGCUAUAGAGUGUUAGAGUCUAGCUACGACAUCUCUGCUUUUGCUGUAACAACUGGAAAAGUAGGAGAAUAUUUUAGUAUAAAAGGGUAAUAAAUCAUGCAAAAUCUUUUAUCUCCACCCAUUAUAAAGCGCAAUUUCUACAUCAAUGAGGGGUACUACGGGUGUUCAUCUGACCAGGGAUGGGUCAUGAUGAUAGAUGGACCAGGACCUUGUUCUAUGGACUGGGUGACCACCACAACUAUUCACUAUGUUAAUACCAUAUCUCAUUCACUAAUGCCUGGCCUGACUGCAGAUUUUAUGGCCAUUUUUGUGGAGAGAGAGAUUUGUCUUGGCAAUAGCGCCAUUUCAAAUAAUAACAACCAACAAAAAGCAAAUCAGACAACUGACAUAGAACAGAAAAUAUACGAAAUCAAGACCAACCUAACGGUUCCUGUCAAUUCUACGUCACAGUAUAUACGAAGCAAAACAUGCGCAGAAGAUGACAGGAUGUCGUCACGAACUAUAGGAAGUGUGCUUGGAGCAGGUCUUUUAUCGCUUCUAGCUAUCUUCAUUUUGUUGUCGGAUGUACUCAAGGUCUGUCGUUAUUUAACAGAGAGGAUUUAUGAAAACUGCUCUAAAAACAGAAGUAAACGAAGUCCCCGAAACAAAUAAUUUCCAGCCGUCACUACACCUCAUUAUUUUAAUUUUUGAAUUACUCUCUACAAAUGAAAAUAAGAGAAUAUCCGUAUAAAAUUUGCAUUACAUAGAGUUCCUAAACAUUGGUUGUUGU